ACAAAGAUGGCAGAGCAGACCAAGGGGCGAGUUCACCAAGAGAUUCUGUGAAUAACAUUCAGCUAAAAGGCUUUCUGACGGAUCCGUUGCGUGUCGGAGCGGUUCGGUCAGGUUCGGGAGGAGGACCUGGAGGCAGACUGCCCACCCGGCUCGAGAGUGAGACGCUGCGAGCGUGCUGUCACAGCAGAUAACGGCGUCGACAGCUCGCGAGCUCCAACAACAGACGGUUGGUUGUUUUGUUGAAACAGGAGAGAGGGUUUGAGUGUUAUGAAAAGCGUACCUCUGACCAUAGCCAACCAACACAAUAAACUUUUACAGACACUCCUUUAAACUGUAAAGAAAUAUCAUGUCAAUACAGAUCAUAUAUUGUUACAUCCCAACGGCUGUGUAGUGUUUUAGUGUUUCUUUUUUUUUCUUUACUUAAUCGAAACCUAUUAUUACGACAUAGUUUACUCACAGUUAGUUAGCAUAUUCGUUGCUUGGUUAAUUCCUUUAUUGUCCGGCAGUAGCGUUGCAAGCUCGAGCGGUUCUGACAGCUAGUAUAUCUUGCGCGUGUGCUCCGAACAUUCUCGAGACACACGCUCGUUUAAGUGAACAGUAACACGGAUGUCCUCAAUGGAGGAACGGGGAGAGAUGGGGGUCGCGGCCGCUCCGAGUUCCUCCUCGGCUAGUCUAGGUGUCGGGCCUGUUGGGGGCGCCAUGGAAGCCGGUCAGGCGAGUGCGGGGCUGGCUGGUAUCCAGGAGGAGACCGUUGCGCGGAGGGAUGUUACCGGUACCGAAGCCGAUCCCGACGCACCGCCCAAGAAACGAGUGAGACUGCAGGAAGGUGAGGCGGGGAAGCUAGAGGAACGGCUGUACUCUGUGCUCUGCUGCACAGUUUGUUUGGACCUGCCAAAAGCCUCCGUGUAUCAGUGCACUAACGGACACCUGAUGUGUGCGGGCUGUUUUAUCCACUUGCUGGCGGACGCUCGUCUGAAGGAGGAGCAGGCCACGUGUCCCAACUGUCGCUGCGAGAUCAGUAAGAGUCUGUGCUGUAGGAACCUGGCCGUGGAGAAGGCCGUGAGCGAGCUCCCCUCCGACUGCAGCUACUGCCUCCAGCAGUUCCCCCGCUCCAGCCUGGACCGACACCAAACAGAGGAAUGCCAGGACAGAGUGACACAGUGCAAGUACAAACGGAUCGGCUGCCCGUGGCAGGGGCCGUUCCACGAACUGAGCGCCCACGAGACGGAGUGCAGUCACCCGUCUAAGACUGGCAUGGAGCUGAUGGGUAUACUGGAUGAGAUGGAUCAGAGUCACCGCAGAGAGCUGCAGCUCUAUAACAGCAUAUUCAGCCUGCUCUCCUUCGAGAAGAUUGGCUUCACAGAGGUUCAGUUCCGGCCGUACCGCACGGACGACUUCAUCACGCGGCUGUACUACGAGACGCCGCGUUUCACCGUGCUCAACCAGACCUGGGUCCUGAAGGCCCGCGUCAACGACUCCGAGAGAAACCCCAACCUGUCCUGCAAGCGCACCCUCUCCUUCCAGCUCAUCCUGAAGAGCAAAGUGAACUCAGCUCUGGAAUGUUCCUUCCUCCUGCUGAAGGGGCCGUACGAUGACGUGAAGAUCAAGCCGGUCAUCCAACAUCACGUCUUCUCCAACGACGCCAACGAGACGGAGUACGUGGCCCUGCCCAUCAGUGACAGUGUGGAGUGUAACAAGCUACUGGCCGCCAAAAACAUCAACCUCCGCCUUUUCAUCUUCCAGAUCCAGAAAUAGAGAGGGAGAGGGAGAGAGAGAGAGAGAUAAGGGGAGAAGGAGAGAAGGAGAGAUAGCCGGGGAGGAGCCAAGAGAGGGGAAAGGGAGUGAUUAAAAUGUUGUUUAACAUGAAACCAGAAGAGGGGAGCAUUACUGAACCACAGAUACCUCUUAGGGAGAGCAAGAAUGAGAGGGAGGGAGAGAGAGAG